AUGACCGAAACACCGGAAGGGAUUUCCCUGAUAAGAGCGGUCUACCAAUGCCGCCUUCGUCUCACCAGACUGUUGGUAGAGGGUGGUGCCUACAUCAACGAGAGCAAUGACAGAGGUGAAACCCCUUUAAUGGUUGCUUGUAGGACAAAACAUGUGGAUGCCCAGAGUGCCAGCAAGGAAAAAAUAGUUAAAUACCUAUUGGAAAACAAAGCUGAUCCGAAUAUACAGGACAAAUCUGGAAAGACAGCCUUGAUGCAUGCUUGUAUGGAAAAAGCAGGCCCUGAAGUGGUAUCUCUGCUACUGAGCAAGGGAGCUGACCCAAGCCUGCAAGAUCACUCCAAUUGCUCUGCGCUUGUGUAUGCAAUAAACUCCGAAGACAGAGAGACCCUGGAAGUCCUUCUUAAUGCCUGCAGGGAGCAAGGAAAAGAAGUCAUCAUCAUCACAGUACACAAGUCCCUGUCGGGGAGGCUGAAAACAAAGCAGUACUUAAACAUGCCUCCUGAAGACUUCGAGGAAUGCUGUUCCCCAGUUGCUUGCACUUCCCCAUCGGAAAUAGAAUUGAAAACAUCUCUAUCCCCCGAUGCAAGUCCAAAUGAAACUAAAAAAGCAUUCUUCAGCUUUAAAGAGCUGGAUCCUCCUAGAUCCAGAAGGGUGGACAACUCAUCUCAAACAGUUUCACCAAUGAGAAAAUCCAGCUCAAGAAAAGUAGGGUCUCAGAUGGCACGAGUGCAGUGGCUACACUCUGAGCCUUGGGUAAAGAGCUCUCUGUCAAUGUUUCACCAGGAUAAAAUUGCCUCUUUACAAGAACUUCAGGCUGUUACUCCAGAAGAAGAAGAGGUCUCUUUUAAUAUCAGUGGCCUUGGCUCAUCAAACAGAUUCAUCACCAGGCACCAAAGUAUUGACAUAAAAGACACUCCUCAUUUAUUGAAAACCCUUGAUCAAACUGGAUCAAGGAAAUUAUCAGAUAAUGAGAAAAACUACCAGACUCCUUAUGCUGAAGAGGAAUAUAACUCCAGUGGGAUUCCUGAGGGUAAGGAUGCCAGUUCGGGACAAAUCAGCUUUCUUUCAAACAUCAGAAGUAUUAUCCAGAAGACAAAUUUAGGAGCAAAUCACUGCAGCUCUGAUUCUCAGUUAACUACCAGUCUAAGUCCUGCUGCUGCAGAAGACAGUAAGUCAGUGAUAGGAAAGAAAAAGAUUCUUUCUCCAUCUCACUCUUUGUUACCAAGUUCUAGAGAAGAAGUGGAGAGCAUGCCUCUUGUUACUCCAAGCAGGAGAAAUCAACCUUUGCUAGAAAGAUGGGAUUCAGGAGCCUUGUUGUUGGAUCAAGCUGCUCAGACAAGACCAGGUUUUCUUCCACCACUGAAUGUGAAUCCUUACCCCCCAAUUACAGAUACUGCUCUCAUGAACAGGGCUUCCGGGAUGAUUUCUUGCGGACAAAAACACUUGGUACCAGCAGCACCUGCCUUCCCUAGGGAGACCGAAAAUAAGAAAACCUUACUAAGGAGGCAGUCAUUACAGAGUGAGCAGAUUAAGCAAUUAAUGAAUUUUUAA